CACCAGCGUAAAGCGGCAGCCAUGGAUCUCGGCGGCUCCUCGUCGCUCUCCGGCCUAGACCUCAGCAAGCUCAGCGACCGCGACAAGCAAGAACUGCAGCAAUUCGUCGUCAACGAGAGCCAGAAAGCACGCAUUCAAGCCUCGAUCCACUCCCUCACCGACACCUGCUUCCGGAAAUGCAUCCCCAGCGGCACGGUCAAGAACGGGAAACUGGAUAAAUACGAGGAGCCGUGCAUGAGGCAGUGCGUGGAUCGGUUCUUGGAUGCGAAUAUGGUGGUACUGAGGGAAUUGGAGCGGUUGAGGCAGUAA